GUGUGCACCCUUGCGUGUGAGUGAAAUGAGGUGGAGUCCUACGCCUGGGUGUUUCCUUCCAAGUGAUCCUGAUCAGCAAUCCGUUAGGGGAUCAUGGGGGGAAAAAAUCUGGCUAAAAGGAUGAAAACUGAGUAAGUACACAGAACUUUGAACUUGAAACAGAAUGAGACCAAACGCAAGCAAAACCCCGACAGUAACCACACACAUUCAAACUGCUAUUCCCUUCUUGUGUUAAAAACCGUGAAUGCUAGCAGCAAAGGGGCAUUUUAAAAACUGAACGAAAGGAGGCAGUUCAGGAACAUGAAAGGCUGAGGGUAGGGCGGCUUUAAAACAGGAGGGAAAAUGAGAAACUGCUAGGGCAACCUGGCCCGCGCCCAGCUGUGCAACAGGCACUUCGCGUUUAAUCUUCUGCGUCUUCGGGGCUGUUUGCAGACUCCAGAUCCGCUGUACUGUGCUUUCUCUUUGCCCCAAAGCCGAGACAAGCUGAACUCUUGAGUUCAUGAAUGUUGUGGAAAUAAGACACUACCGGAAGGAACUCUUGGCAGCUGGGGAUGCAUUCGGAUGAUUUCUUACGACUCUCAUGAUUUUGACAUCUUAAAAAAAAAUAAGCAGGUCGGUCGAUUUUUACUGUCCUUCACAAAGGGCUCUUGUUAACCACCUCGGACCGCUGGGACCUGUGAAUCUUUGGCAUGAACCUUCGGAAAGUUCUCAAGUGGAGAUGGGGCGAACUUGAUUGGAGUUGUGCAAAAAGAAGACAGAUGUGUACUUUUUUCAUGCUGACAACGUGGCCAGGGGCCAAGUGAAGCUGAACUGGUCAUGGUCUGUCGACCUGUGUUCCUUUGUCGCCGGCGAUUUUGCCCCAGACCUUUCCUGGUGGGUUUGGUGGUGGCAAUCUGUCUCUUUUACCAGACCCUGACACUCCGAGGGACGAAGAAGCUUGCAGCUGAGGUUCCUGGAACUGUCCCACACACAACCUCUCAUUCUCAGGCUAGCAGAUGCCAGAAAGGAUACCCGCAGAACAAACGGUGCUUCCUUCUCUCCGCGAAUGCCCAGGAGAUCGGGAAGAUUGAAGAAUCUAUUGAGACACACUUUGGCAGUCGCAGCAGAAGGGCCAUCCUCUUCAGGCCUCUUUCGUACAGCAGAGCGGAGCUCCAGAUGCACCAGCACCUCCUUGACCAGCAUGGCUACAGUGUUGUCACUGUUGAAGAAAGACUUGGUGUUGGCCUAGAUCUGGAGCUGUUGGACCAAGGUGAUUUGAACUCCUGGGAUCUGUUCAUUUGCCUGCCUUCCAGGGAAGCUGGUGGGAAACCCUGUUUGCCCAGAGAGCACAUGUGUCAGCUAAGUCUACAUCAGAAGAUAAAUGUAUUACCAGAAAUACAGCUUCAGCUUUGCAGAAAAGAAGGCUUGUGUCAAAUGAUCAGAAGAUUUCCAGAAUUGCAACUUCCAGUGAGUCCCUCUGUGUGCCUGGAUCAGGGGAUGCAGUCACAGCUGGGUGCUUCCAGUUACCUCUCUAAAGGAGCCAAGCCACACGUGUGGGAACCAUGGGACUGGAAACGCAAACAGUUGAAUCAGACUACAGUCCUUGCUCCACAUGAAGCAGCCUUCAGGACAGAAGAACUCUCUGUGAUUCUUAAAGCCUAUGUGUUGGUGACCUCCUUAAGGCCUUUGCGCGCCUUCAUUCAUUCAACCGGCACCGUGUGGAGUCCACCAAAGAAGAAGUGCUUCACUGUCAAGCUGCAGAUGUUUUUUGAAACAUUCCUGAGGACAAGUUCACCUCUGCAGGCACUGGAUUGCAUGAAAGAAGCAAUUAGCAAGCUCCUACUGGUGGCUGAGGCGUUCAGUGAAGUAUCUACUCUGGGACCAAAGACCAUCCAUAGAUGUAGACAGUGUUUUCAGCUUUUAACUUUUGAUAUUGGUUAUGGAGAUUUGGGAAAUCCUGUAGUGCUCCAGGUACGUGAGCAUUUGAAAUUUCAAGAUGAUAAGAAGUUCAAUUUGGAGGACCAAAAUACAGAAAAAAUCAUCUUAAAGGAUACUUUCAACUUCCUCUUCUCCAACACAUCUUCACUUUCUGUAUUUUCUGAAAUAGUACAGAAGCUUUACAGAGCCAGCGCACUUGAGGAUGGAAACUAUCACAAGGAGUUAAAUAAGUGCAAGUCUUUAGAGGAAAUUCACUCAAUUAGAACCUUUGUAAAGGAACUUGGGAGUCUGGGAGAAUUCCAACUGCUCUUCCCAUCUACUCUUCCUGGGAUUCAAUCUGUGAUGCGUGAAUUUUAUGAUAUGUCAACUCCUGGCUCAGUCCUAUCUCAAUGCUGGUCUCUUUUAAAUGUACUUGAACAAUUUUGGCACAUUAAUAAAAAGGAGCAGCUACAUCCACUGGAAUGGAAUUCUUCCAAAAGAAAUAAGACCAUUCAGAAACCACAAGAAUCAUCAGAAGCAAUCAAAAGUAAAAAAGAUGCAGUUCCACGAGUUUUGUAUGAAAAUAAAGAUAUACAUUGCAGUAAUGAGGAAGACACACUUUGCCAUAUCAAGAUCUUCACCCAUCCCCAUUUGGAACUAAAUCCCGACUUUAAUCCGAAGAUCAAGGAUUAUUACUGUGAAGUGCCCUUUGAUGUGCUAACAGUGAGGAUUGGAGCAGAGACUUCUAAGUGUCAGUGCAAGGUGCACUUGCAAGAGCGGGCAGGACCAAGCUUUGCCAAUUAUCCUCUGGGAUUAGGAAUGAACAGAAUUUCCAUGUUCGUGGUAGAUGAGUCUCCAGCAGAGGGUGACACAGUAACCACAUAUAAACUCACCAUCUACAGAGAAGACCGCCCAAGUCUGCCUUUCUUUGAGGAUUUCACAGCAUGCAGUUUUCUACAAGAUUGCGGUUUAUUGAUUAACCCAGAAGAAACCUGUGGGUUGCAGCCUGUUUCUUCAGACUACAUUGAAGCCAUCUCACAGCCUGAAGUAGAGAGUUGUCUAUCUGGGGACACUAAAGGCCAGUGGAUUGUGCCUUGCCUUAGUUGUUCAGACAACAGGACUUGUGAUUGGAGAGAAAUAACCUGGCAGCCACACAACUGCCACCAUGACAUCCUAACCAAGUCAGAACUUCAGCAGUGCCUACAAGGAAGGAAGAUUCUUUUCAUCGGAGAUUCCACCAACAGAGGGAUGAUGUACUACCUUAUUGAAAGACUGAACGAAACACUGCAAGAGUGGCAGAAGGUGCAUGGUACUAAACUCUACCCCAGUGUCAAUGGGGGGAAGACUUGGAUCAGUUACUCCUACUAUCCCCAGUUCUGGAUAAGCCCUUCACUGAGACCCACAUUUGAGAAAGCACUUGAACAUCUCCUGCAAAGAUCACAUCCGCUAGAGAAUACUGACCAGACAGUGUUGGUUGUUGGUGGUGUUCAGUGGCUUAAUUCCAAUCACCUGCAAAUUAUUCAUAAGGUUUUAAAGAGGGAAAAUUUGCUCAAUAUCCUGGUGAUCAUCAAAACUUUGGGGAUUGGAUUUCACCUGCCAGUGGAUGGAGUGCAUUUCCUAACACAGAAUGAAGUCCAAAACCUACAUAAAGAAAACCUGAGCAUUCUUGAAGCUGCCAAAAAAUAUGGCUACGAAGUAGUAGACACAUUCGCCAUCACAAUGGGACGCCACAAAGAAUUUCUGCAGGGCAAUUGUGGAUGUCAUUUCCAUGAGGUAGUGAAAUCAAAGUUAUCCAGAGAGCACCAUGUUAUCAAGAUGAAAAGAUCCAAGAACCACAUUGUGGGGAAAUACUUCAGCCGUCAAAACAACCUACAGCGACAAAAUUCUGUCCCAAAUGUUCAUUCACCAUAUCAUGUCAGAGGUCCAAUAAAUCAGGUUUGUUCUGAAAUCCUGCUCAGCAGGAUGUGUGCAAGUCAGAGGUCUGCGCAGGCUCCCUGAAGGAGAGCUGAGUUCAGAGUUAGAGAUAAGCCAUUCACCUGGACAAUCACCUGAUAACCAAAUGUGCCUCACACAUACUUUGCCAUGGUUGCGCACUCACCAGUGCAAGCAGGCACACCAGAGCACACAGCUUACAAAAGAGCAAUGACACAUGUUUUUACAACUGAACCAUCAAAAGAAAUCAUGGGCAUCCAUCCGUUGGCUUCAGACCGAAGGACAGAACUAAAAGGAGAUCAUUUGAAAUGUGAUCACAAACUACGACCACGUGGACCAGAUAUUGCAUUGCAAUGAUAAACAAAAAUACAGAAAUGUAACAAUAUGAGGCUAGAGUAAUGCCGCCGUCCCUGUGCUAUGGUCUCCAUAGGCACACUACAAGUGACGAAGAAGCAAUUACAUUCCACCUGGAAGGAAGGAUAACAUUUAAGUUCUUUACUAGGAGAAAACAGGGUAUUUACAGUGAUUUGAGCUUUGUGGAUCUAAUGCUUAUGAAAAACAUUUCUUCUUACACUUUUAAAAGUUUAUGAUGGAAGGAACAGAACAGGAACAAUGCUCUACAGGAGAAUUCAAAGAGAUGUUCUGCAAGUGAUAAGUAGUGAUACCGUAUUCAACUCUGUGCUCCUGUGAGUUCCACAAACAUCCCUCCACUCCAAACUGUGAGCUUGGAUGUGGACGCAGUCUAAAUUGACGAUAUACAUAAUUUUCAACUGUGGAACAAAAUAAAGUUCCCCAAGUGUUGCUUUGUUAUGUCUAUGGAUGAUAUCGCCCCUACAAUGUGUCUCAUUAAGACAACGGUUACAUUUCAGAUAUUUUUGCGAAGGAUUUCAGAAUCUCAAAUGUAUAAGCAUAAAGAAUUUCUAUGUAUCCACAAAUAGUACUAUGUGACUAGUAUCUGUAUUUUUAUUUGAACAAAUGUGUUUGACUCAAAUAGAGAAGGCAUACAAGUAUUUUUAUGAAAAUUGUGGCAUAAGUAGGAAACAUACCUAAUUCUAGCGUUGAAAACUUUCACUUCUGUCUUUUUAGGUACAGAAUGGUAAAUCGCCUUAUUAUACAAACUCCUUGUUGUGAGAUAGUAUCUCACUGCUAUGGUGAGUUUUAAAGGAUGAUUUGGGGGUGAGAAAAAGCUGAGAGGACUAACUCAGCACAUAGCUAAGAUCACUAAGUGUACAAAUACCUCAAGUUCAUUGCCAUAAAAAAGAAACUAUUUUGUUUUAUUGACCCAUCAAUUACUUAGAAUGAAUAUCCACCUUUUUCAAAUACUCUAUUUUUAUAUCUAUUUUUAUAAGGACAUAAACAUGAAUUUAUAUUUAACUGUAUUAAAUUAUAUUUGUGUAUGACUAUAAUUUGACAUAAACAACAUACGCAUCUAGAAAUACAUUUUUGAACAACGGUACCAAAUUAACUUAAAAAUGAAAUAUUUUGUAUACAUGCAUCUAUAUACAAACACUGUUUUUAGAUGUUCAGUUAUUUUUGAUAGUAUGAAACGUUAGCAAUUGAUAGAGCUACUCCAUCAAAUUUUAAUGGAUUGCAUAUUCCACAACAGUAUUACAGCUAAUGCCAGCUUUUUGUAACUCAUUAUAAGUGUCAAUGUAAAAAUCCUCUCUCUGACUUGAGUUAGUCUGGCAUUUUCCUCUUCACCAUUGAAACAACACUAGGUGUUAGAAACAACUGUAGUAUAUUUUCAAUAAAUAUCUAACUGGUAAUCAUC